AGCGGCUGAGCCAGAGCCGGAGCGGGAGCGGCGGCCGGAUCGCAGCCCUCCGGGCCCGCCGCAGCCAUGGGCAACCGCGGUAUGGAAGAUCUCAUCCCGCUGGUCAACCGGCUGCAGGACGCCUUCUCCGCCAUCGGCCAGAACGCGGACCUCGACCUGCCGCAGAUAGCCGUGGUGGGCGGCCAGAGCGCCGGCAAGAGCUCGGUGCUCGAGAAUUUCGUAGGCAGGGACUUCUUGCCCCGAGGAUCUGGAAUUGUCACCCGACGUCCCCUGGUCCUGCAGUUGGUUAACUCUACCACAGAGUAUGCCGAGUUUCUGCACUGCAAGGGGAAGAAAUUCACCGACUUCGAGGAGGUGCGCCUGGAGAUCGAAGCUGAGACCGACCGGGUCACUGGCACCAACAAGGGUAUUUCACCGGUGCCCAUCAACCUGCGAGUCUACUCGCCCCAUGUGCUGAACCUGACCCUGGUGGACCUACCUGGAAUGACCAAGGUCCCAGUGGGGGACCAACCUCCCGACAUCGAGUUCCAGAUCCGGGACAUGCUUAUGCAGUUCGUCACUAAGGAGAACUGCCUCAUUCUGGCUGUGUCCCCUGCCAACUCCGACCUGGCCAACUCCGAUGCCCUCAAAAUCGCCAAGGAAGUGGACCCCCAGGGUCAGCGCACCAUUGGGGUCAUCACCAAGUUGGACCUGAUGGACGAGGGUACAGACGCUCGGGAUGUACUGGAGAACAAGCUGCUCCCCCUUCGCAGAGGCUACAUAGGGGUGGUGAACCGGAGCCAGAAGGACAUAGAUGGCAAGAAGGACAUCACAGCCGCCUUGGCUGCGGAACGCAAGUUCUUCCUUUCCCACCCGUCUUACCGCCACUUAGCUGACCGCAUGGGCACACCCUAUCUGCAGAAGGUCCUCAAUCAGCAACUGACCAACCACAUCCGGGACACACUGCCAGGGCUGCGGAACAAGCUGCAGAGCCAGCUGCUGUCCAUUGAGAAGGAGGUGGAGGAGUAUAAGAACUUCCGUCCUGACGAUCCAUCCCGCAAGACCAAGGCGCUGCUACAGAUGGUCCAGCAGUUUGCAGUGGACUUUGAGAAGCGCAUAGAGGGCUCUGGAGACCAGAUCGACACCUAUGAAUUGUCAGGGGGAGCCCGCAUUAACCGGAUCUUCCACGAGCGCUUCCCUUUUGAGCUGGUCAAGAUGGAGUUUGAUGAGAAGGAACUCCGGAGAGAGAUCAGCUAUGCCAUCAAGAAUAUCCAUGGCAUCAGAACAGGGCUGUUUACCCCAGACAUGGCCUUUGAGACCAUUGUGAAAAAGCAGGUGAAGAAGAUCCGAGAACCGUGUCUCAAGUGUGUGGACAUGGUUAUCUCGGAGCUAAUCAGCACCGUUAGACAGUGCACCAAGAAGCUCCAGCAGUACCCACGGCUUCGGGAGGAGAUGGAGCGCAUCGUGACCACUCACAUCCGGGAGCGAGAGGGUCGAACCAAGGAACAGGUCAUGCUCCUCAUCGACAUUGAGCUGGCUUACAUGAACACCAACCAUGAAGACUUCAUAGGCUUUGCCAAUGCUCAGCAGAGAAGCAACCAGAUGAACAAGAAGAAGACUUCAGGGAACCAGGAUGAGAUUCUGGUCAUCCGGAAGGGCUGGCUGACCAUCAACAACAUUGGCAUCAUGAAGGGAGGCUCCAAGGAGUACUGGUUUGUGCUGACUGCUGAGAACCUGUCCUGGUACAAGGAUGACGAGGAGAAAGAAAAGAAAUACAUGCUGUCGGUGGACAACCUGAAGCUGCGGGAUGUGGAGAAGGGCUUCAUGUCGAGCAAGCAUAUUUUUGCCCUUUUCAACACAGAGCAAAGGAAUGUCUACAAGGAUUAUCGGCAGCUGGAACUGGCCUGUGAGACCCAGGAGGAGGUGGACAGCUGGAAGGCCUCCUUUCUGAGAGCUGGUGUAUACCCUGAGCGUGUUGGGGACAAGGAGAAAGCCAGUGAGACUGAAGAGAAUGGCUCAGACAGUUUCAUGCACUCCAUGGACCCACAGCUGGAGCGACAAGUGGAGACUAUCCGGAACCUGGUAGACUCGUACAUGGCCAUUGUCAACAAGACUGUACGGGACCUCAUGCCCAAGACCAUCAUGCACCUUAUGAUCAACAAUACCAAGGAGUUCAUCUUCUCGGAACUGCUGGCCAACCUGUACUCGUGCGGGGACCAGAACACCCUGAUGGAGGAAUCGGCAGAGCAGGCUCAGCGGCGCGACGAGAUGCUGCGCAUGUACCACGCGCUCAAGGAGGCCCUCAGCAUCAUCGGCGACAUCAACACGACCACCGUCAGCACGCCCAUGCCCCCGCCCGUGGACGACUCCUGGCUGCAGGUGCAGAGCGUACCAACCGGACGCAGCAGAUCGCCCACGUCCAGCCCCACGCCGCAGCGUCGAGCCCCCGCCGUGCCCCCAGCCCGGCCCGGGUCGCGGGGCCCUGCUCCUGGGCCUCCGCCUGCUGGGUCCGCCCUGGGGGGAGCACCCCCCGUGCCCUCCAGGCCGGGGGCUUCCCCUGACCCCUUUGGCCCACCCCCCCAGGUGCCCUCGCGCCCCAACCGCGCUCCGCCUGGGGUCCCCAGAAUCACUAUCAGUGACCCCUGAGGAGUGUCAGACACGCAGGAAGGGCCCAGCCUCGCCUACGCGACCUGCAGCCCCCCGACCAGCGGAGGCUCCCCUCUUAGACUUAUGAGUCUGUGGCCACUGGCAUCAGCUGCCUGCCUCCCAGCCUCCCUAGGGUCCCCUCAGAGGACUCCUGGGCUUUCUGACCACCCGAGGGGCCUCCAGUGCUCCCUCCAGCCAUCCAUUUUAGCAUCACCCUCCUGGUUCAAGCACUCUUCUUCCUCCGGCCUUGUGGCUGUUACAUGGGGCUUCCUGAGGCUAAGGGUGGCCCUGGGCCAGUGGGAUGGGAGACAAGAGUGACCAGAGAGGGAGGCCCUAGUGGGCUGGGCAUGUGUCUGGAACUGUGGGUGCACUGCCUGGGUGGUGUGUGAGAGGUUCGUGUGCGUGAUGGGAGAGGGCCACCCUGGCUCUGCCUAGACUACCUGCUACCUAUGGCCUGGCUGCCUCUGGCACCGCCCUUCUGUCUUCCCUUUACCAUUCAUUGGCUUUCUGCUUCCUCUUUUCCAGAAACCUUGCCCUCCCCCACACCAGCAUCAUGCCCUCUGCCUCUGCUGGGGGUGACUGCUCUUGCCUUACCAGCUCUCCUUCCUUUUCUCUCCCCCAUUCUCUCUUGGCUUUCUCUCCAACUGCCAGCCGAUCGGGUCAGGCAAGUCCGUCCCGUCCUGAGAGUCCCAGGCCCCCCUUCGACCUCUAACCAGAUCCCUCCUACUUCUCGGAGACCUCCCUUAUCAAGCCUGCCUGGACAGCUGUUCUGUGACUUGACAGUGCCCCCCACCUUGGCCCCAAAGCAUCCCCUUCAUCUGUGACUAGUCUGUUGUAGUGGUGAGCUGACACAUCCAGAUGUGAUGUUGGUGAAAAUCUGUGCCCCUCUGUGAUACUGCUCCUGCCCCAUUCUAUAAAUAUCUAUAAAUAUUCAUAUAUAUAUAUAUAUACAUAUAUAUGGCUGACAUGGCCUCACCUGUAGUGUUGAAAAUCAGCCACCAUGUAGUCCUUGUGGAGCCAUGUGGUCCAACUACAAGGGAUCACUGUCACCCUGACAUCUCUCCAGUGUGCCACCUCCAGUCAACCUCCCUGUCCUCUCAGCCUGUGGACAGCCAGCCCCUUGGCCAUCCUCCCACCCCACAACAGGGGGGUGCUGCACUGGCGGCUGCGCUGUUCUCUGACCCCACCAGUGUCUCUUGACUGAGAAUAAAACCCAGUUCUGGACAAUGGGGAACCAA